AUGCCGUUGAACUCAGUGAUGGGCAUCGAGUUGAUGCACAACAACAUAGAGCCCAUGCAGUUGGACAUGAACUUGGAUGACGAGUCCGAUGGGAAUGGCGAGGGUGUGGGCGGCGGUGGACAGCCGCACAAUGGCGUUGACGGCCCACAUGUGGCCAAUUAUCUCGUGGAGAACCCGACCCUCGACCUCGAGACCUACUCCAACGCAUACAUCGGCCUCUCGCGGAUCAAUCGGUUGCUGUUCAUCGCCGACCACUGUCUGGCGCUCAGGACAGAGGCCCUGAGGAUGGCUCUGAACUACGUGAAGGACAACACCUAUAAUGUGAACAUUUAUACGCAAUUGUACCGCAAAUUGGCGGACAGUAUAGCCAUGAGUGGUGUGAACGCCGAGGCAGUGAUCGGUCCGCUCGACACCAAUUGGAUUGAGUCCAAGUCGAAGAAGGCUGCCCUCAAACUCGAGAAGUUAGAUACGGAUCUCAAGAACUAUAAGUCCAACUCGAUUAAGGAGAGCAUCCGAAGAGGUCACGACGAUUUGGGCGACCACUACCUCGACUGCGGCGACCUCUCAAACGCUCUGAAAUGCUACUCACGAUCGCGCGACUACUGCACGAGCGGUAAACACGUGUUGAAUAUGUGUCUGAAUGUCAUAAAAGUGAGUAUUUAUCUACAAAACUGGUCGCAUGUGUUGACUUACGUGACCAAAGCGGAGGGCACUCCCGAGUACAGCACAUCCAGUAGUAUCGCCACUCGUCUGCACUGCGCGGCCGGACUCAGCGAUUUGGCCUCAAAGAAGUAUAAGAGCGCCGCCAAACACUUCUUGGCCGCCAAUUUCGAUCACUUGAGCGUCGAGUACGGAGAGAUGGUGUCCGUCAACAAUGUGGCCGUCUAUGGAGGGCUGUGCGCUUUGGCCACCUUUGACCGCAUGGAACUCCACAAGAAUAUCAUCGCAAACGCCUCCUUCAAGUUGUUCCUGGAGUUGGAGCCACAGCUCCGCGACGCCAUCACUAAGUUUCAUGAGUCGAAGUACGCCUCGUGUCUGUCCAUUCUGGACGAACUCAAAGAUAACUUACUUCUGGACCUGUAUUUGGCACAACACGUCCACGUCCUGUACUCUCACAUCAGGAAUCGGGCGUUAAUUCAGUACUUCUCGCCGUAUCUGUCGGCGGAUAUGAACAAAAUGUCUGUCGCUUUCAAUACUAGUGUCCCGUCUCUUGAGGACGAACUGAUGCAUCUUAUACUCGAGGGUCAGAUACAGGCCCGAAUUGAUUCCCACAACAAAAUACUGUACGCUAAAGAUGUGGAUCAAAGAACAGUGACAUUCGAGAGGGCGCUAGACAUGGGUCGCGAAUGGCAGCGACGGACUAAGUCAUUGAUCCUGAGGUCAGCGAUGCUGAAGAAUGGACUCAUUCAAGUGAAAUGCCCGCAACCCUCCAGAGGUGACGAGAAUACGCCCACCGGUUCAUCCAAUAGCGCCUCCGGUUCUAAUAUACCCAUUGGUUCUCAAAAGUAA